ACCUAAGAAUUCGGCCAAAUUCAAGACGAAAGAGAUGGUGCAAACGCGAUGAGAAAUUGUAAAUGAAGCCUUUAUUGCGAUAUAUAUUAAGAAAUCCUUUCACGUGAGGACAAAAUGGGUAUCCAAGGCUUACUUCCAUUUCUUAAAAAGGCUUCAAGAGCAGUAAAUCUCCGUGAUUUUAAGGGUCAAACUGUUGCCGUGGAUGCCUACUGCUGGCUACAUAAAGGGGCUUUCUCUUGUGCAGAUAAACUUGUUCGUGGAGAACCAACAGAUGGAUAUGUGUUGUAUGUUAUGAAACAGGUUAACCAGCUCCUGAGCUAUGAUAUUAAGCCAAUCCUAGUCUUCGAUGGAUGUCAUCUUCCAUCAAAAGCCAUAACUGAGAAAAAAAGAAGAGAGAACCGUGAAAAAAAUCGCAAGAAGGCUAAGGAACUCUUACGUGAAGGGAAGGCAAAAGAAGCACGAGAAUGUUUCCAGAGAUGUGUUGACAUCACAUCAGAAAUGGCAGCUGAUACCAUCAGGGCUUGCCGUGCUAGAAAUAUAGAUGUUAUAGUGGCCCCAUAUGAAGCAGACUCACAGCUGGCUUACCUGAAUUUGAGUGGCGUUGCUCAACUUAUUAUAACAGAAGAUUCUGAUCUGAUCCUCUUCGGCUGCAAGAAAGUAUGUGACUGGAAGAAUUAUGAGUUUCCACUUCAGAACUAAGAUCGUACUUGUAACAUAAGGUAGCUUUGAAAUGGCUGGACGUGUAAUAUGAUUGAUAUGUUAUGAUAUGCAUAUGUUUUGAUACCCCAUGCCCAACCCAUACCCUCGCACACUAACAUGGGAGCAAUAUGAGUAUAUUUCAUAACUGAAAUUCAUAAUUAUAACCUAGGUUUCUUGAUGAGUAAUGUCUCC